AUGUUGUGUGGUGGUCUGGCGCUUCUCGCUGCUUCUCUCGCCAUCGGCGGGGCUACGUCUCCGAAGAUCACCGAUGACACGUACUUUUACGGCCAGUCGCCUCCUGUCUAUCCUGCUCCUGAAGUAAAGGCCCAUGGAGACUGGCGAUCGGCCAUCCGGAAGGCACAAAAGUUGGUCUCCCAGCUAACCCUGGAGGAAAAGGUCAAUAUGACGGCCGGCUAUCCUUCAACCACCGGCUGUGCAGGAAUGACCGCCGCCAUUGAGCGUGUGGAAUUCCCUGGCAUGUGCCUCCAGGACGCUGGACACGGCGUACACAAUACGGAUUUUGUUCACUCUUGGCCGAGCAACGUUCAUAUUGGCGCCUCGUAUGGGAUCCCACACCAUGGUCCCGUUUACACGUCGCAACGACUGACAGUGCGCAGAUGGAACAGCGACCUCACCUAUAAAAAGGCUGUGGCCCAAGGGGGCGAGUUUAGGCGCAAAGGGGUCAAUGUCAUGCUUGGACCUUCAGUCGGUCCCCUGGGCCGCGUUGUGACUAGUGGGAGAAACUGGGAAGGUUACUCGGUCGACCCGUAUCUUUCCGGCGUUCUUGUCAGAGAGACCGUGCUCGGAACUCAAGAGGCCGGCGUGGUCGCAACAACCAAGCAUUAUAUCGCCAACGAGCAAGAGUCUCACCGCGGCGGUUCCAACUUGACCGCUGCCGUUUCAUCCAACAUUGACGACGUGACCAUGCACGAACUAUAUCUUUGGCCCUUCCAAGAUGCGCUGUUUGCUGGUACCGGCAGUAUCAUGUGCUCGUACCAGCGGAUCAACAACUCCUACGGGUGUCAGAACAGCAAGGCCCUGAACGGUAUCCUGAAAACGGAACUCGGCUUCCAGGGGUUUGUCGUCACAGACUGGAACGCUCAGCAUUCGGGCGUUGCAUCUGCACUGGCUGGUCUAGACAUGGCCAUGCCAGUCCCAUACGACUUUUGGGGCCCGAACCUUGUCGAAUCUGUGCACAAUGGCUCUGUUGCAGAGUCGAGGGUAGAUGACAUGGUCGUGCGGAUUCUUGCGCCGUGGUUUCAGUUGGACCAAGGCUCGAAAUUUCCAGAGCCUGGCUUGGGACUGGCAAAGAACCUCGCACUACCCCACGCGAUUGUCGAGGGCCGCAAAGCCUCGGACAGGCCGACUCUGUUACAGUCCGCCGUUGAAGGGCAUGUCCUGCUGAAAAACACCAAAGGGGCACUCCCUUUGAAGACGCCAAAGCUACUCUCGAUCCUGGGCUACUCGGGAAAGGCCCCGGACCGCAACAUGGUUGCAGCCGACGGGCCAUCGGCCUGGGGCUGGGGUUUCCAAUCUGGAAACACCAGCGAGCUCAUCGAGGGCAUCCUGCUUUCGGAACACGGCGUGGCUCGCAGUCUCUCCCCCACGGCCUACAACGGCACUAUAAUCUCUGGCGGGGGAUCCGGCGCGACCUCGCUGUCGACAUUUCUUUCCCCCUUUGACACCUUCAUGGUCCGCGCCGAUCAAGACAACACGCAGUUGUACUGGGACUUCCAUUCGUCCGACCCCAUAGUUUCCGGCGUCAGUGAUGCUUGCCUCGUCUUUGGUAAUGCAGUGGCUUCUGAGGCUAUGGAUCGCGGGGGCUUGAGAGAUGACUACACGGAUACGCUGAUCUCAAACGUGGCUCGAAAGUGCUCCAACACGAUUGUGAUUCUGCACAACGCUGGCCCGCGCGUGGUGGAUCCUUGGAUUGACCAUCCCAACGUCACUGCAGUUGUCUUUGCGCAUCUCCCCGGCCAGGACACUGGCAAAGCCCUGGUAUCACUUCUUUAUGGGGAAGUCAACUUUUCUGGCAAACUUCCGUACACUUUGGCCAAGAACGAGUCCGACUAUGGCGCUUUGCUCCUCCCCGACCUCCCAGAAGGGGAAUUUGCCAGAUUUCCCCAAAGCGAUUUCUCCGAGGGCGUCUACAUUGAUUACCGCCCUUUUGAUCGAGAUGGCAUUGAACCCCGAUAUGAGUUCGGAUUCGGCCUGAGUUACACCACCUUUCAGUAUCAGAAUCUCAAGAUCCGCACCGACAAACGCCACGCCAAGCAGUACCCCGAGGGUCCAAUUGUAUCUGGAGGCCAGUCUGACCUCUGGGACGUGGUCGCGACCGUGACGGCUGAGAUCAAGAAUACCGGUUCUCUAACCGGCGCCGAAGCAGCCCAGCUGUACGUUGGCAUCCCCGCCGGCCCCGUCAAACAGCUCCGCGGAUUCCAGAAACCAACCAUCCGCGCGGGCAAGGUAGAAAAGGUAAAAUUCAGGUUGACUCGAAGAGACCUGAGUGUGUGGGAUCCAAUGGUGCAGAAGUGGCGGUUACAGAACGGCGAGUACAAGAUCUACGUCGGUUCCAGCAGCCGGAAGCUCCCUCUGACCGGGAACUUGAAGAUUGGAAUGUAG